AUGAAGUAUAUUUUUCCCAAUUUAGUUGCUUUGAAUAUUGAUCUCCAAGCUAUGACCUCUAGUGCAGUUUUAGAAAGAAUUUUGAACAUGGAAAAAGCUUUUGUGGGUGAGAGGAACGAAUCACAGUCACAGAAUUUAGUUCCAUUUGAGAUUGACAGUGGCGCUGCUGUGUCCAAUAUAGCCAAAGAGUGGGUACAUAGGUUAAAACUAAAUAUGGAACCAUGCAAUAAAAAGCUAAGAGCUUAUGAUAACAUGAGAAUUGAUGUCUUAGGCAAAGUAUUAGCUCCUGUACUUUAUAAUACCACAAAGGUUUCUCAGCGCUUACCUUUUGGCUUGUCCUCAUCUCCUGGUAUUUUCCAAAGGUUUAUUUCUCAACUGUUGGCAAAUGUGGAGGGUGUAGCUGCUUAUUUAGAUGAUAUUAUUGUAAGUGGUGCUACCAAAAAGGAGCACGAUCACCGAUUAAGAAAGGUUUUGGAACUUUUGCAAGCGCAUAAUGUACAAAUAAAUAAGACUAACACUGUUUUGGAGACUGAUUCUAUUGAAUAUUUAGGAUACCACAUCUCAGGUGAAGGAGUCAAGCCAUCUUCAAAGGGACUGAAAGCUAUUUUAGAUUGCCCAUGUCCUACUUCUGUUGAAGAAGUUCAAUCUUUUUUAGGUAUGAUUACUUACAAUUGCAAGGUUGUAAAGAAUUUUUCUUCUAAGCUAGCGCCUUUGAAUUUUGUUGAUAGAACUGAUCAUAAACAAUUACUGGGACUUUUUGGAAGAGGGAAACGGAUUCCAUGUAAUACUAAUUCUAGAAUACAAAGAUGGGCUUUGUUGUUUUUGUUGUUAUCUCAGUAUGAUUAUGAAUUAGUUCACAAACCUGGGAAGGAUGUAAUUGCUGAUGCCGUAAGCAGAUUGCCACUUGAUGAUGAUUUUCAUUCUGGUACAUCAGCUGAGUGUGUUAAAUUGGUUGAAUUACUUGAUUUUGAUGACAUCUCUUUUCAGGCAGUUAAACGUUUCACCAAUAAGGAUGCUGUAUUGUCUCAGUUGAUAAAUUUUUUGAAACUGGGAUGGUCAAAGGAACAUAAUAUGUCACUUCUGGAAUAUGCCUCUGUAAAAGAUGAUUUAUCUCUCCAUAAUGAUGUAAUAUUGUAUAGAAAAAGGGUUUUGAUUCCCGUUGAGUUAAGAUGUAAGGUUUUGAACCAUUUGCAUUGUGGGCAUAAUGGUGUAAAUGCUAUGAAAGCCGAGGCAAGGAAUUGGGUAUGGUGGCCAAAGAUAGACCAGGACAUAGGAGAAGUCACAAAGAAUUGUAGCAUUUGUUUUAAGAAUUUUACGAAUCCUCAAGCUCCUACAUUGUCUUGGCCUAUUGUUGGUAACCCAUGGUCUCGACUGCACAUAGAUUAUGCAGGACCUAUUGAUGGCAAAUAUUUUUUUAUUAUUGUAAAUUCUCAUAGUAAAUUUUUGUAUAUUCGGUUUUCUAGUUCCACUAUGUCUGCUGUUACCAUUGGUCAUUUGAGGAAGACAUUCUGUAAUUUUGGUAUACCUGAUAUCAUUGUAUCGGAUAAUGCUUCAAAUUUUGUUUCUCAUGAGAUGGAGGAGUUCUUGCAUAAAAAUAGUAUUAAGUAUGUAACACUAGUAGCUCUUUAUCAUCCAUCCUCCAAUGGUCUGGCUGAAAGGGCUGUGAGAACAUUCAAGGAGGGCCUGGGAAAAUUUAAGAAGGGAGAUAUUCAGAACAGAAUUUGUAGAUUUUUGUAUAAUUAUAGGACUGUGAAUUCUUCCACUGACAAUAAUAAUAGGGGGGCUGAAGUAACUGUAAAUAAUGAUAGUGAAUGUUCAGUACAACCACCAAUGUUAAGGCGAUCCAGUUGA